GUUUCGAUCCAAGUGUUACAAGAGGGGCGAAGAUGGCGGAUGUGUUGAGUGUGCUUCGUACCUACAACAUCCAUAAAAAAGAGAUUAUCGCUAAAGGCGAUGAAGUUAUAUUUGGAGAAUUCUCUUGGCCUAAAAAUGUCAGGACCAACUAUAUAAUUUGGGGAACUGGCAAAGAAGGACAACCCAAAGAGUACUAUACUUUGGAUUCUAUCUUGUUCUUGCUCAACAAUGUGCACCUUUCUCAUCCAUCCUAUGUGCGAAGAGCUGCUACUGAGAACAUCCCGGUUGUCAGGAGACCUGAUCGAAAGGGCCUGCUGUUAUAUCUCAAUGGUGAAAGUGCUACAUCGACAAGUAUCGAUAGAAGUGCACCCAUAGAAAUUGGUUUGCAAAGGCCAACACAAGUUAAAAGGGCAGCUGAUGAGGUAUCUUCUGAAGCCAAAAAACCAAGAAUUGAGGAUGAGGAGCGAGUUCGUCUGGACAAGGAGCGCUUGGCUGCUCGUCUUGAAAGCCACAAAGAAGGCAUUGUACAGACUGACCAGAUCAGAUCACUCUCUGAGGCCAUGUCUGUUGAGAAAAUUGCAGCCAUUAAAGCAAAGAUUAUGGCCAAGAAACGUUCCACCAUCAAAACAGACCUGGAUGAUGACAUAACCCUGAAGCAGAGAAGCUUUGUAGACGCAGAGGUUGAUGUGACCAGAGAUAUUGUCAGCAGAGAGAGGGUCUGGAGAACUCGGACAACCAUACUCCAAAGCACUGGAAAGAAUUUCUCCAAGAACAUCUUUGCUAUUCUGCAGUCAGUGAAAGCCAGAGAAGAAGGACGAGCACCUGAGCAAAGACCAGCACAGAACACUGCUCAAGUGGACCCUUCUCUGAGGACCAAGCAGCCUGUUCCAGCUGCCUACAACAGAUAUGAUCAGGAGAGGUUCAAAGGAAAAGAGGAAACUGAGGGUUUCAAGAUCGAUACCAUGGGUACCUAUCACGGCAUGACACUGAAGUCUGUGACAGAAGGUGCUUCUGCUCGGAAGGCCCAGACACCAGCUCUACAACCAGUCCCUCGUCCAGUAUCACAAGCAAGGCCACCACCAAACCAGAAGAAAGGUUCCCGGACACCCAUCAUCAUCAUCCCAGCUGCCACCACCUCACUCAUCACAAUGCUUAAUGCUAAAGAUCUUCUGCAGGAUCUCAAGUUUGUCACAUCUGAUGACAAAAAGAAACAAGGCAUCCCACGUGACAAUGAGGUUCUGCUUCAUCGACGCAAAGAUCAGGUCCAGCCUGGGGGCACAACGCUUGCUGUUACUGUGCCUUACCGUGUCAUUGACCAGCCACUCAAACUGGCCCCACAGGAUUGGGACCGUGUGGUGGCCGUGUUUGUGCAGGGACCUGCUUGGCAGUUUAAGGGCUGGCCCUGGCUGUUGCCUGAUGGAUCACCUGUAGACAUUUUCGCCAAAAUCCGAGCCUUUCAUUUGAAAUAUGAUGAGGUGAAGACAGACCCCAAUGUGCAGAAGUGGGAUGUGACUGUCCUGGAGCUGAGCCGCCACAGGCGCCAUCUGGACCGGCCCGUUUUCCUGCGCUUUUGGGAAACUCUUGACAGAUACAUGGUGAAACACAAAUCUCAUCUGAGGUUCUGAGCCCAGGCUGACGGUCCUAUCUGACAAAUCCACCAGCGGCAACUGUCACCAGUGGGUGAUAGAGGACAGUCUCUUCUGGCAAAAUGUUAAUUUCUUAAAACAAGUUAUAAAAUAAAAAAAAAAAACAUAGUUCUAUUUUUCUCAUUCCUGUGUAUGAAUGUGCGCAGUACUUUGAUAGAAAAAUUUUGACUUCUUUACCUUCCACUUUGUCCUCUGUGUGCCCCUCCACCACACACACACACACAGAGAGAGAGAGUUGCAAAAUGAAAUGCUUGCAGAGCAACAUCAGUUCAGCCGUUCAGUGCAAUCAUACGCAUGUGAGACAAAAGGCAAUAGUGGCGUUGCACGAGCUGUGCCUCGCCUGUAUUACCGAUGAUGCCUUCACUGGAGGUUGGACUUUCAGCUUCAUUGUAGGAAAGCCUUGAUUAUGAUCUUGUUGAAUUUUUAAAGCUGCAGGGAUACUACCUGGAUAUUUGUUUAAAUAAGAGUUGUGAAUUUCCAUUAUUAAAAUAAAACCAAAAAAAAAA